CUGUCUUGUUUAGGAAAUGACUAGGGUGUUUCCAUCGACAUGGCCGUUUGUACUUAUUUUCUGAAAGGAACAUGCCGUUUUGGUGAUACUUGCAGGAACGAGCAUCCCAAAAAUGUGACUGGCGGAUUCGGAAAUUCGUCAUGGAAUAGCAGCAAAGUGGGUACAUCAGAUUCUCCCAGCCUACCUUUCACCCAGGAAUCCAUAUCGAAAGAUCUGACGGUCCAUUCUGAUAAACCUUUAUGGCCGUUAUCAUCCUUUGGACCCGCUAAACAUGAGCCUCUCCUCCUUACUGGAUUAGAUGAAUCGCCUGAAGAACUGCGGGUCAAAGCGUUCAUGGCACUCAGUUCUGGGAAUGUCAAUGAAUACAUGCAGUAUGAAUCACAGAAGAUUGCUGCAGCUGACCAGAUAUACGCGAAUGUCCGAUCUAAUCCGCUAGAAGCUUUCAAGGCUGCCAUGACAAACAGCCAAAAAGACGGCACGCUUGCAAAGAUUGCUGGUGGUUCUGCAUCUCCAUCAACAAGUUCCGCGUUUGGUCCAUCGACGACCUCCACAUUUGGCCGGUCUGCGUUUGGCCAAUCCGCUUUUGGACAGACAUCAUUUGGUCAAAAACCAGCCACCACAUCGGCGUUUGGACAACCUGCCGCCCGGACGUCAGCUUUUGGACAACCGCGACCCAGACUUCUGCUUUCGGGCAGCCGUCUUCAUUUGGACAACUAACAUCUCGGACGUCUGCGUUCGGACAACCAGCGACCCAGACAUCUGCCUUUGGUCAGCCAGCGUCUAAGCCUCAGACUUCAGCGUUUGCACGACCAUCGCAAACCUCUGCAUUCGGGCAAACCACUCAACCGACAUCUGCCUUCGGUCAGACAUCAGUGAUCAAACCGGGGACUGGCGCCUUUAGCUCGUACG